AUGCCGAACUCAACAGCGGUCGAUGCCGCCUUCGCCUUAGGCACAACCCUCGGUGACAACUGCCCCAUCGUAGGCAAUGGCGAUCUCUACGGGCUGGGAAUCCGUAUCGGCCUGUAUCUCCAAAUCUUCACCGCUCAGAUCUCUGGACUCGCGUCCCAUGUCCUUGAAGUAGACGACAGCAUCGGACACGCAGUCGUUAUCUUUAUCCUAGCGACUGGCACGGUCCUGCUCCGCCUUAUCCUUCAGCAGAGAAUCGAAGCAGUGGAAGUCUUCCCUAUCUUAAGUCUGCUGGUUGUGCAGUUGGGAGCAUGUAGAGUCCCGUUUUGGAAGAAGCCGAUGACGGUUGCGAUUUAUCUCGGCGAGGUGGUCUGCUUGCUUAGUUUGACGACGUGGUUUUGGUUUCAUGGGAUGGAUACGUUGCCUCGGAGUUGUAGGGACGAUUAUGCGUUUUUCUUUAAGAGGGUUAGUAUUUGGAAUUGGUUUCGGAAGUUCAGUCAGGCGGGUACCAUUCUGGCGGUGAUAGGAGGAGGAGGCGGUGUGUUGGUUUAUCUACUCAUGUUACCUGCCCUCGUCUACUCGAACUUCUCACAAUGGACACGAGGGUGGCGAAGGGAAGAUCACAGGAGUGAAGAAGGAGAACACCCAGACAUGGGCACCGGCUCCUUCGAAAUUGCUUUCGAGCUGGGUAUUGUGGUUUAUGUGGAGAUGGCGCUGAAGUGGAACAAUAUCUCUGGCGUCCAUACGUUGAGUCAACCCGGACAGUUUAUGCCGUUCUUUAUUGCAUUGGCGCAGUUCAUAACGACAUUUUAUCGCAUUGGGAAGUAUGCGCUUAUUCAGUCGAUGGAGGAGGAUAACGGAGGCCCGGAAGGUCAUGACGAUGAAUGUCCGCACAAUAAGAAAGAUGAGAACGGCGCUGUCGUCCAGCUUGACGAUCUGCAAUCAUCCACCGCGAGUAAUGAUGGGAAAACGCAGACGGGAGUAAUAUCUACCAAUGUAUAA